CCCUCCCUGUCUCAUUUCCUCUUAGACCAGAAACCAAAAACUUUAGAAGAUGUCUGAUGCUCUCUGUAUUGUGGGUUCGUUGUUUGGCUCAUCAGAAGGACAGCAAGAAUGUGGUUCCUGUUACCUGAUAAACAUGGAAUCUGUAAUAGGCAUUAUUGCCUCUGACAUCAUCUUGACCAUCUUUAUCACUAUUUCUGUAUUUUGCUUUGCGACUCAUCAGAGGAGAAAGAGGGAAUGGGAAUCACACAGUGGCAAAAGAAGUGUACCAUCAUCAAUUUCAAAGAAAAUGGCAACAGAGGUCACAGAAUCUCCAUACCAGGAGUUACAUGGAGUCCAGUCAGAUGUUUACAGUGAACUUCGGCACUAUAGGAAAUGACUGAAUAACAAGUGCUGACAGUGUCCUGUUUGUAAUUAGCUCCACAAUGUAAAAUAUAAACUAAGAUUUGUCACAUUUACUCGCAAAUAAUUUGUUUAUUCUGCAUUAAUUGAUUGAUGUUGUAUUCAGUGAGUACUGCCUGGCACUAAAUGUAAUCUUUGCUGCUUCACAUUCCUGUUUUAGGCUGUUUUAUGAUAUGUAUUUGUAUCUAACUAAUAAUAAAUGAAACUACAUUUUAA